UCGUCUCUUCAUCCCCUGAAUGCGAAUCCGAGAAACAGCCAUAAGUGCGCACUCGUUGCCACACCCACUCGGUUUGAAGGCUACUAGCCACACCACGCGCACGAGAAAGCCUCUCGGCGCUCGUGUUGAAAAUGAGUAGUAAUGGCAACUGCGAAAACGGCAGAAUGAGCGACAGAAGUUGGCUGCCACUGCGGAUCCCAGGCGUCGUUAGCAGCGUGUCUGGUGUCAGUAGCUACUGCCCGAGGCGACAAGGAGCGUCCCGUAUGUAAACACAGACAACCCCGCAAUCAACCUGAACGGGUGUAAACGACAAAAGAGUAGUGCAACACGACAGAGCCAUUAUCUGCGCCUCCGUGAAAAGAUGCAGAGUCGACUAUAUCAAUGCGCAUGAUACUGCGGCUCUACUCCACCAGCAGCACGCGACAACUCACCUUGAAUCGUAACGCGUCUGAGCUGCCAGUCUGGUCCCGGGGGGCGCGCGGCCGACCAAUACACGCCCCGCAGCCUCGCCAAAGCCACCAAUCAAGACGCAGUGGGGGCGGGCCCAGCGGCUAAAUUCCCACACUUGGUUUCACUUUGCACUUGAGUGGAGCUCCGGGUUUUACGACGGCGUCGGCGCAGGUGCUCGGUCUCAUCGGCGAAGGAUGCGUUCGGAAGGACAGGAGGGGGAAGAGAGAAGGAACAUGCUAUAGAGAGGGUUCAUAGGACAUGAAUAAGCGCGUAUGAGCCGGAAGCCGUGCGGUCGAAAGAAAUCGAAUAUGAAAGAUUUAUUGAAAGGCGCACUGUGAGCUAUUAUUUCAGGUCGGCAAUAGUACUAUGAUUUGGUAUGUGGCCACUUUGAUAGCAAGUGUAUUCGGCACCAGAGGAACGGCAGCUCAAGGUGAGUUGAAGUGCAGUAUUUUGUUCCGCUCCCAUGUCGCCUCCCCGUUUUAUUUGGGCAUGUCUGCACGGUCGGCUCUCCCCAAUGGCCGGGCGUCUCUGCAGAUUGACCAGGUGCGCUCGGAGGACCAGGGUUGGUACGAGUGCCGCGUGCUCAUGCUGGAACAACAGUACGACACCUUCCACAACGGCAGCUGGGUUCAUCUCACCGUCAAUGCGCCCCCUACCUUCACGGACACUCCCCCCCAGUAUGUGGAGGCGCGGGAGGGGGGCAGUACCACUCUGACCUGCACUGCCUUUGGGAACCCCACCCCCAUCAUCACAUGGCUACGCGAGGGCCAGGAGCUCACCACCACCAAGAAAUACACGGUGAGCUUCGGGAGCCUGACGGUGCUAGCGAUCACUAGGGAGGACCGCGGGGCCUACACCUGCCGUGCCCACAGUGACCAGGGGGAGGCGGUACACACCACGCGGCUGCUGGUCCAAGGACCUCCAUAUAUUGUGUCACCUCCUGAAAACGUCACUGUUAACAUUUCCCAGAAUGCCAUGUUCACAUGCCAAGCCGAGGCGUAUCCUGGCAACCUGACCUACACCUGGUUUUGGGAGGAGGAUAACGUCUACUUCAAGAAUGAUCUAAAGCUCCGGGUGCGUAUCCUGAUUGAUGGGACUCUUAUCAUCUUCCGUGUGAAGCCAGAGGAUGCUGGGAAAUACACCUGCAGCCCGAGCAACAGCCUGGGCAUCUCUCCAUCCGCCUCGGCCUACCUCUCCAUACAGUAUCCUGCCCGUGUGCUAAACAUGCCGCCGGUCAUCUACGUCCCACGGAAGCUUCCGGGAGUCAUCCGCUGCCCGGUCGAUGCCAACCCCCCUGUCCUGUCUGUGCGCUGGGAGAAAGACGGCUACCCGCUACGGGUGGAGAAGUACCCCGGCUGGAGUCAGAUGCCUGAUGGGAAUAUUCACGUGGCAGAGGUGACGGAGGACUCCCUCGGCACCUACACCUGCGUGCCUUACAACGUGCUGGGAACCAUGGGCCCGUCCCCCCCAGCCACACUGGUGCUAAAGGAUCCCCCUUACUUUAACGUGAAGCCCGGGGGGGAGUACCGUCAGGAGGCGGGGCGGGAGCUGGUGAUCCCCUGUGCCGCUUCCGGAGACCCUGAGAUUCCCACCAUCAGCUGGAGGAAGGUGGGGAAGCCCAGUCGAAGCAAGCACAACGUGCUCCCCAGCGGCAGUCUGCAGUUUGUGUCCCUGGGCAAGGAGGACCACGGGGAGUGGGAGUGUGUGGCCACCAAUGUCGUCACGAGCAUCACUGCCAGCACACGGAUCGUCGUCAUUGGUACGAGUCCCCACGCCCCGUCCAGCAUCCAGGUGAACGCCAUGAUGAGUUCAGCUAACGUGUCGUGGGAGCCCGGCUACGACGGUGGCUUUGAGCAGACGUUUUCUGUCUGGUACGGCCCUGUGGUGAAGAGAGUUGAUUUCGGGCCUCACGAUUGGCUGUCCAUGCCGGUGACCGGCUCCCAGAACUGGCUGCUGGUUCAGGGGCUGGAAUCCAAGACGGCUUACCAGUUCAGCGUUCUGGCUCAGAACAAACUGGGCACUGGUCCUUUCAGCCAGGUGGUCACUGUGACCACAGUAGUUUACCCCUUAAGUACCCCUGAACCACUGGUGCUUCUAACCCCACCACGGUGCCUCACAGCCAACCGGACACAGCAGGGCGUGCUCCUCACCUGGCUCCCGCCAGCCAAUCACAGCUCUCCCAUAGACCGCUACAUCAUCGAGUUCCGUCUGGGGGAGAAGUGGGAGGUGCUCGAUGACCUCAUCCCCGCUGCUGAGACUGAGAUCAUGGCCAGAGACCUGGUCCAGGAUGCCUGGUAUGAGUUCCGAUCGCUGGCUGUCAUGGAUGACCUCAUUAGUGAGAGCAGUAACGUAGUUGGAGUGUCAAGUACAGACCCCUUCCCUCCCACAGAGAUGGCGGACGAGAGCCUGGCGCGGCCCGUGGUGGCGGGCAUCGUGGCGACCAUCUGCUUCUUGGCCGCCGCCGUGCUCUUCAGCACCCUCGCCGCCUGCUUCGUCAACAAGCAGCACCGACGCAAACUCAAACGCAAGAGAGAUCCCCCCUUGUCAAUCACCCAUACCAGGAAAAGCAUUGAGACUCCGCUCUCCUCUGGGAAGAUCAGUCCAGAGAGCAUCCCGUCCUCGCGCUCGCGCUCCCCCUCGCUGUGCAGCAUGAUCCCCCCCGGCCUCUACGUGAAGAGUCUGCCCAGCCCCAAGGAGAAGGAGCUGUCCCUCUACAAGAAGACCAAGCGAGCAAUAACCAGCAAGAAGUACAGCGUGUCCAAGCACGAGGCCGAGGUCACCUCGCCAAUCGAGCUGAUCAGCCGCGGGCCCGACGGCCGCUUCGUCAUGGAGGCCGAGCUGGAGGAGGCGCUCCGGUCGCGCCGCAUCCAGGGGUUCCCCUUCGUGGAGGAGUCCGACCUGUACCCCGAGUUCCGCCAGUCGGACGAGGAGAACGACGAGCCGGGGCCCCUGCCCCCCGUCAUGGCCACCCUGCGGCCCCAGAUCUCCCCCGUGUCCUCCAGCCAGGAGUCCUACACGCAGCCCCCCGCCUACAGCCCCCGGCUGGCCCACCGCCCCCUGGAAGGUAUGAGCAUCUACGAGAGUAGCGGCCUGCAGGCCACCGGCCAGAGCGUCUCCCACUUCCACAGGCUCUUUCCCCACGGCCCCUUCUAUGGUUACCUAGGUAGCGGAGUGGGCGUCGGCAUCAGCGGAGAGGCGGAGCUUCAUCCUCCCUUCUACCUGCCGGAGAGCAGCUCCCGUAGCUCUGUGGCCUCCUCCCCACCACCUGAGGGCGCCUACACACACCCACGCCUCUCCCUGGGGGACGGGCGGGACUUGAGGGGGAGCCACGCCCCAUACUCCUCAGGCCACGCCCUCCCCCUCAGCCCCUCCCCUGGGCCGCGCUCCCCCGAGCUCUGGCCGCCCCCUGACUUCCCCUUCCUCAGCCACCCCCACCACCGAGCCCUCCCCCCCGACCUGCCCCCCUACCCCCCUCCUCCCCUAAGCGCCGCCCAGUUCUCCUUCCUGCAGCUGGAGGCCCCCAAAGCGCCCCCUGGUGGCCGCUCCCCUCAGGGUCCCCCGGCCCGGCAUUUAACUAUGCAACAGGCGGCCGGCCUCGGCACGCUCAGACACACGGCCAACGGCAUGGGCAUUCCAGUGCUGCCGUACAUGGGCAUGCGGUUCGGCAGCCCUAGCACGCUGCGUAGCGACAGCCCCGACACCUGGCGCCCGGAGUCCGAGCCCUGGCUGAGCCCGCGGGCCGCCCGUCGUGCCGACCUUGGCCAGCAGGUGGUGCUGCAGCCUUCGCGUCUGUCCCCCCUCACCCAGAGCCCCCCCAGCUCCCACGCAGGCUCCCCCGACAUCUUGGUGCGGCCCCCGCCCCCCCGGCCCAGUAUCCUGCGCCCAUCCCACUCGCAGGAGAUGCCCGAGACGUCGCGCCACCCCCCCCUGGCUCGCGUCAGCUUCUCCCAGGGCUCCUCGCCCACCUCCUCCCCCACCCAGGGCUCCAGCUACGCGCGCCGCCCGAGCCCCUCCUACCACGCCCACCUGGCCUUCGCCACCGCCGCCGCCAGCUACCCCUCUCAGUCCCCCUCGCAGUCCCCCUCCCCACCCCCCAGGGCGCCCAGGGCCCCCCCCAGCCGAGGACGGAGACGGAGAGGCAGCCCUCCGCACACCAGCUGGCCUCUGCAGGGUAGGUGCACUCCCAUCCUCAGAGCAGGCGUUAGAGCUUUUACAUGCCUUACAGACCGCUAGGGCUACAGGAACCACAGGGGUCAGUAUAGCUUUCCUCAGAGGUCUCACAGGCAGUUAGGGGUCCUGAGACAGCAUACAGAAACCAUAUACUCACAUAAACUUUACCGCCUCUUAGUCCAGAAGACCUUACCGCCUCUUAGUUCUAUAGACCAGAGAAUGAGUGUAAACACUCUUUCCUCAUGUAGACUUUACCGCCUGUCAGCACUACAGCCUGUAAACACUCUUUACUGGUAGAUUUACUCUUAUAGGCUGAUAGCAGCGUUAGCGUACAGCAAACAGACUUUCAAAGUAAAUUUUAUUGAAUUCAAUUAAAUUGUAUUUAUAUAACGCCAAAACAAUAAAAUUGUCUUUAGGCGUUUCACA